AUGAUGUUCCAGCCAUGGUGGGGUGCCCCCCGGCUCUACGAACGGAAGGAUCUAUCGGGCCAGUCGAGUACGAAGGAAACACCUUGCUACCACUGGCGCUACGACCAUGGCGAGAACCAGGGCGGCCCCUCGACAUAUGUUGAGAUGACCGUGAGUGCGGAAGGAAUCGUCCAACUCUCUUCUGGGGAUAGGUCCUACUUCCUGGCCACGGCCGAGGGAUUCUCCGCGCUGCUCGAAGAAUGGGAUAAGAGAUGA